UCUCUCUUUUAAACACUUUUCUCUCAGCUUCCCAAGAUGGCGGCAGCCUCGUCCAUCCAGCCGCCGAGCGUUCACUCUUCUCUCACCCGGGACAGCGCACUCUCUCCGGACAUGGACAGCCCCGACAGCAGGCAGCCGGGGGAUGAGGAGUCGGUGGCGGCGGCCGCAGCGCAGCCCCUGGAGCCGGGCGUCAGCCUCCGCGACCUGCCGGACCUGGAGCCGGAGGAGAUCGAGAGGAGGCUGGCCAGAACUCGCAGGGAGCUGAGCAACAGGAGGAAGAUCCUCAUCAAAAACCUGCCGCCCGACACCUCCAACCAGGAAGUCCAUGAAAUUCUGAAAGAAUAUGAACUGAAGUACUGCUUUGUGGACCGCAACAAAGGCACAGCCUUUGUGACUUUGCUGAACGGGGACCAGGCUCAGGAUGCCAUCCGCUCCCUCCACCACAGCACUGUCCGAGGUCGUCUGAUCAACGUCACCCUGCAGCCCACAGACUCCCUGCUCUGCCUCACCAACCUGCCCCACACCUUCACCGCGCAGCAGUUCGAGGAGUUGGUGCGCUUGUACGGAAACAUCGAGCGCUCCUUCCUGGUUUAUAGUGAGCUAACGGGCCACUCCAAGGGAUACGGGUUCGUCGAAUACAUGAAGAAGGACUCUGCUUCGCGGGCCCGCUCGGAGCUGCUGGGUCGGCCUCUGGGUAAAACUGGAGUCAUGAAGCCAAGCGGACAUUUUCUUGGGGACCGGUCUCUUAUGGUGCAGUGGAUGGACGUCAACCAGCUGAGCCAGGAGGAGAACCUGCACUCAAAGUGUCUGUGUGUGGACCGGCUGCCUCUUGACCUCUGCGACUCUGAGGAACUGGCCCAGCUCUUCUCCGAAACGUAUAAACCAGUCUUCUGCCAGCUUGCUCAGGAUGAGGGGAGCCCGGUGAGAGGCUUUGGUGUGGUGGAGUACGAGAGCGCGGAGCAGGCAGAAGCCGUGCUGACGGAGAUGGACCGAACUCUGGUGGGAGGACAGGAGGUUCGUCUGUCGCUCUGCACCCCCGGCACCUCAGGGAGAAGCACCUUGGCGGCUCUCAUCGCCGCCCAGGGUAUGAUCUUGAGUAACAGGAAAGGCUUACUGCCAGAACCCAACCUGGCUCAGCUGUUGACCAGCAUGACCAAUCCAGCUGCACUGCAAAUCCUUAUGAGGCCGUACCAGGGCGGAAAAAGAGGAGGUAUGUCUGCAGUUCACAACUACCAGCAUUUCUGCAGAGGGAAGUACGGGCGUAACGCAGGCGUCCCGUUCCUCAGACCUCCUCUCACCGCGGCUCUGCUUACGCUGGGAAAAGCUCACCAGAACGCUAUGGUUGGUAACGGACUAGUCCUCCAGAACCUCCUGCACAUGCAGCUCGCGCAGCAGCAGCUUCUUCACAUCAAAGACAAGCGCAUCAGCAGUGUUGCCAGUCUGCUCGGAGACCCUUCCAGGCUGCUGAUGCAGAAAGCUUUGUCUCUGCGGCCUCCUGGUUUCUUAUCGCUGGGGAAAGGCCUCCUGGGAGACUCUCCUACAGAGUUGCUCCAGGAGUCCGUGCCAUCUUCCACCCACAGCUCCACAGUAGUGGGUUCAGCAGCAGGUGUGAUGCCAUACCUUCAGGGUCGAGGAGCAGGAGCAGGAAGCGGAGACCAAAACGUCUCCCAUUCUGUGUCAGCAACCCCUUCUGCCUCCUCCUCCUCCUGCCCGUCCUCCUGCGAAAGGCAGCCGGCUCCUCCGGGGACCCUGGGGAGCUCCCAGCCACAAGGGCAGAGCUACUCUUUGGGUAUAAGUAACUCGGGCCUGGGCCCGCCUCCACCCAAACCCCCUGGAGGAGUGUAUUCGUCAUCGGGCCAUCACAACAGCUCAGAUGGUAACGGCCUGACUAACAUGGUAAACAGUGGUCAGAAUUCCUUAUUGGGCGAUCCUCCUAAAGAAGUCCGACUGCCCUCAAAUCCUUACCUGAACUUGGCCAGUGUGAUGCCGGGAGUCGUUCUGCAAAACUCCGUGGCCAACAAGCCUCAGGGAGGACAGCCGGGCCCCGGGGUGUACGCUAACCCGGCCGCCCCCAUGGUCUCCCAGGGCUCCGCCUCGUUCUCCCACAGCGCGGCGGCUACAACCCCCGCCCCGUACGCCUCUGACGCCUCCUCCGACUUCACCCAGUACAACCAGGCGUACACACAGGAGGCCAUGCACCAGUGGUACCAACACUACCAGGCGGCGCAAGCCCACAGCUACGGCGCCGCCGCGCCUCAGGACGGCUCGGCUGCGGACUACAGCAAGGAGCACGCCCAGGUCCCUGCCGCCUCCACCUACGGGGAUUACACCACCUACAUGCAGGCCGUCACCCAGUACUACUCCCAACCUGCAACAACCAACCAGGCCUUCGCCAGCAAGGAGGUAGAGGUGUGUAAGCCUCUGGGAGUCCCUCUGCACGCAGUCGCUAACGGCCCAGCGCCUCCCGCUGCAGUCCUGCCCGCCGCCGCCGUGCUCCCAGCUUACAGCGCUCUGCCUUUAAUGCCCGGCUUCCUCGGAGCGCCACACCCACCCACGGCCACGCCCAGCUCCGUCACGCACGCGCACACCGCCGCCACCGACUGGAACACGUACUACUACAACCAGACCCGGGGCAUUAAGAGGGACUACCCUCAGCUAGCGGUACAGGAGGCGCCGCCAUCGGAGGGUGCGUAUAUCGGGCAGCACUCCCAGGGCCUGGGGGGGCAGUACGCCGACUACUUCAAGAGGAAGAGGCUCUAGAACGAACCAAAUGACCUUAAAGCCCACAGCUUCAGGGGGGGAGACGCAGCCAGCCGGAUGUCACGGCUCCCUCUAGUGGCCUUUUUCUGUGGCUGCCAUUUUGCAUCCCUGCAGCAGGCGCGCGGCGUUGGGUCGAUUCAGGGCUGCAGACGGCUGGAGCGAAAACAAGCCAUAGUGCUCUUUGAUUUUGAAACUUUAGUACACUCCUUCAGAGUAUUGCUUUCGUCUUGUUCAAGCCUUAACUAUUUAUCUUGAAUGUUUGUUUCUAUGUCACUGUUCCUAACUAAUAUUAUCCUGAACAUCUUUUUUUUUUUUUUUUUAGACAUAAUCUAAACUAUAGUAUAUUAUAUCUGUGUGUAGAAACUGCUUUUGUAUUUGCAGGCAGCUGACCUGUCUGGAUGCUGAAACUGCCCUCUCCCUGUCGGUCCUUUCCGUGUCUGAUUUUUUAUUUUAUUUUUUUAGGAAACACACUCUCAGAUUUGAUUGGUCGGUCAGACUGGCCUCUGUUUGUUCUAGCUUCACUGCCUUUUAUUACCCAGGAUCCUCUCUAAACCUACCUGGGGGUGGGUGUGUGUGUGUUUCUGUGUUGCUUUGCUGUUCUCUGUAGGAAGUGUCAGCCAUUUCUAUCCCAGGUUUUGGGAUCAUAUCAGGAAAAAAAAAAGGGUCUAAACCAAUCAAAGCCCUUAAAUUUUGGUGAAUUAGAAGGAGUCCCUCAAUAGUUGGGCUUUUCAGAUGAAGAUGGAGGGAAUAACUAAAUUAACUGCUGUGUAAAUAUUGCAGUGUAGUAUAGAAUAUAUGAAGCCAUGCGUAACAGACAAUAACAUAUAAUAAUAAAGGGCGUUUUGAUGCUCAUUUUUGAGUGUGGUGUACAACAAAAAAAAAAGAUAUUCAGCGUUUUGUCGAUCUACAAUAUACUCUUAUAUAUUUGUAAUAUAAUAUUCUGAGGCAGUUUGAGUAUUGUAUUAACAAUAAGUCCUGAUGAGACUUUAACGUAGUUCUCUGCUUUGUUUUGUAUUGUUUAAGCCAAAUACUUGGGCACAGUUUUCCUCCUUCUGCUGUUUUUUUUUUUUUUUUUUUUGGUGUAAAACUUUUCUUUCUGAAAGUUUUGUGGAAACUGUAACCGGAGCUUUAAAUCCAUAUUCAGCUGCCACUUUCAUAAAGCGUUGAGACUGUUUACCGAGAAACGAUUCGGACGUAGAAUCGUCGCUAGGUUAUUAAAAAAAAAAAAAACAACAACAUGGCUGAUGGUGCUGCUGGGGAACAGUUAAAUAUGAAUGAUUAAAAGUAAUAAAAGGUCCCCAGGAGCAAUCCACACCACCCUCCAACAAUAUAUUUGUUUGAUUUGUAGAAAAAUAAUUCAGCCUUUCCAUUGAGAGACGUUUAGCUCAGACAUUUAGACGUUUGAUUGGAUUUGCACAAUAAAAAUACGGCUCAGAUCUGCU